CCUGCGUUUCUGUGGCUACCUGCCGCCUGACCCGUGGCUUCCCCGCCAUGUCGGAGCGUGGCUACGGCUCCGACCCGGAGCGGCGGCGCCGGGCCAGCCCGGGGCGUGGGCCCUACGCGCGGGACCCGCGGGACACGCGGGACGUGCGGGACCCCUACGCCGGGGUGCCGACGGCCCGGGCGGGGCACGACCCUUAUGACCGUCGUGGCUACGACUACUACAGGGAUGCUUAUGGGUACGACCCCUAUGACCCCUACCGGCACGCCUAUGGACCCCCACCCGGGCCUCCACCUGGGCCUGGGGCAUACGGAGGCGGCUACUAUCCUCCGCCCUCCUAUGGCUACGGCCAUCCGCCUCCCGGCUACGGACCACCUCCUGGAUACCCACCCCCAGGCCACUACCCGCCGCCGGGCUAUGCGCCGUACGGCGCUGGCUACCCCCCGCCCCACUACCCGCCGCCGCACGCGCGGCCGCGCUCGAGGAGCGCGUCCGUGGAGCGAGAGCGGGGCGGCAAGGAGCGAGGCGGCAAGGGCAGAAGAGCCAAGGGCCAGGACCAGAGAAAGCGGAAGCGCGAGGCCUCGGCAGAGUCGGACCAGGACGGUUCCAACAUCAAGCUGACCCUGGCAGAGGUCUUCCCGCGGCUGGUCAAGGCCGCGCAGGAGCAGGAUGGGAGCCGGUUCCUGCAGUGGAAGCUCUCAGGCAACUGCAACGAGGAGGAGAAGGACAAGAUCUUCGAGCUGGCGAUCCCGGCCACGGUGAAGCUGGCCAACGACGCCUUCGGGAACUUUGUGGUGCAGAAGCUGCUGGAGAAAGGGAACAACAGCCAGCUGGGGAACAUCCUCACGCAGUCCAAGGGUCACGUCUUGGAGCUUGCGCAGCACAAGUACGGGUGCCGGGUGGUGCAGAAGAUGCUGCAGUGGCUGCCCCCUGACAAGAAGAAAGAACUCACGGAGGAGUUGGCCAACGAGGUCGUCGAAUGCAUCUAUGACAUGAAUGGGAAUCACGUCAUCCAGAAGAUUGUGGAGCACGUGGCGCCGGGCGACCUGGGCUUCGUGGUCUCCGCGGUGGCGAAGCGCGCCGCGGAGAUGGCGGCCCACGUCUACGGGUGCCGCAUCAUCCAGAGGCUCCUGGAACACUGCGCGCCCGAUCAGCUGGGCGGAGUGCUGGAUCCCAUCGUCCAGAGCGCGGGGAAGCUGUCCAAGGACAGCCACGCCAACUACGUCAUCCAGUGCAUCCUGGAGAGGGGCCGGGAGGAGGACAAGCGGAAGAUCGUCCAGGUUAUUGCUUCCAGCGUCCUGGAGUAUGCCAAGAGCAAGGUGUCCAGCAACGUGGUGGAGAAAUGCUUCGAGAUCUCCACGGUGGGGCCCCAUGCCGGCUCGCUGGUGGAAGAAAGGUCCGCGUUGAUGAAGGCGGUGCUGGGGGGCGCCUCAGACCCCAAAGCGCCCAUCGCGCAGCUGAUGAAGGACAAGUUCGGGAACUACACGGUGCAGCGCAUCAUCGAGCACAGCCGCGGGGAUGACUGGGAGGAGCUCCGGCGACGCAUCGAGGCGGUGGAGCAUGAUCUCAAGAAGUCCCCCACGGGGAAGCACAUCAUCACGGCUUUCGAGAAGAAGAAGUCGGCCAUGGGCUGAGCGAGAGUCGCCCUAGCGCCUCUGAGGGCGCCGGGAGCCGGGGGCGGCGAACCGGGUUCGAGCACGGCUGGUGAUUCAGCCGGUCAC